UCACAUAUAUAGAAGUCAUUGCAGAAAUGCGAGAUAUAUUAAUUUUGGCAUGGUCUGCGCAGUUUUUCACAAUAUCUUUGGCUCAAUUGUGGCCCAAAGAAAUAAAGAAAUGCCAUUAUGGUGAUACAGAGUGUCUGGUUAAUACAGCGAAUGCCAUUAUACGAAAAUUUCCACGUGGCAUACCUGCAAUUGGCUUAAAACCCAUUGAUGUUGUGGAUAUAAAGGAUUCAAAAUAUUGGAAUGAUGAAAAAAUUGGUGCAUUUUGGUUAAUAUUCGAUUUAUAUCAACAAGUUAACUAUGGUUUCGAGAACACUACAAUAACGAAUAUUAAAGGAUUUGACAAAAAUCCAACAUUAUCGUAUAUGGAAAUUCAUGGACAUAUACCAAAUGUAAUACACAAGGGCCGAUAUAUGUCUCAGGGACGAACUUGGCUAGUGGAAAUGAAUUCCACGGGUGAAUAUCAAUCAGACUUUCAAAGUUUCAAUUUCACAUUGAAAAUGAAAGUAUUCAUGGAGUAUCGUAAUCAUAAAAGAUAUUUAAAAAUGUAUGAACUGGUGCCCAGGGUGGCAUUGAAUCGAUGGAUCUUCUGGUUGGAUAAUUUUUUUCCUGACAAUUCUGAUUUGACAUGGGCCAUAAAUCAUGUAUUCAAUUCGAAUUGGAUUGAAUUUUGGAAUGAAUUGGAGCCAGUAAAUUUGAAAAUAUUUGCGGGAAUAUUUCGGGAUUUAAUUGCGGAUAUAUUUAAUAAUAUUGCCUACGAUGAUAUGUUUCUACCAGAUGAGACUGAGACUGAAGUAAAUGUUUGAAAAAGAACGGGUUAAAAUGUGUUUUGCAAAUUACUAAAACCGGUUACGUAAAUU